AUGAAUGGAGCUGGCAAUGACUUCAUCUUGAUCGACAACAGGACCCGUUCUAUAUUGCUCAGCAAGGAACAGGUGCAACGGUUGUGCCACCGUCAGAGAGGGAUCGGUGCAGACGGGCUGCUCCUCCUUGAGACAAAUUUGACUGGCAAGGCAGACUGGAGUUGGAAGUUCUACAACAGUGAUGGCGAGAUGGCUGAGAUGUGUGGCAAUGGAGCGCGCUGUUUUGCUGCAUUCAUUCGAAAAGUAAUACACUGUUCAUCGCCAACAAGUAUCGAAACAUUGGCAGGAGUCAUUCACGCUAGUUUUGAUGGUGAUGAUGUCACCAUUGCCCUCACAGAGCCAGAGAGGCUAGCGCUGCAUCAACAAAUCUCACUCCUUGCUUCUAAUCUGACAUACCAUUUCUUGAACACUGGUGUCCCACACACAGUGGUGUUUGUGGACGAUGCAGAUCAAGCAAUGGUGCAUGAGAUUGGUCGCCAAAUUAGGAAUCACGAUGUCUUCUCUCCUGGUGGGACGAACGUUGACUUUGUACAGAUUCUUCGACCUGGAUUGAUUCGUGUCCGGACAUAUGAGCGAGGAGUUGAGGGAGAAACUCUGGCAUGUGGCACUGGAGUUGCUGCUGCUGCCAUUGUCACCGCUUUAGUUCAGAAAGUUACACCUCCCAUCAGUGUUCAAGUACAGGGUGGAGAGACACUAUCGGUGGAUUUCACGCAGACUGACGUAGCUAGUGUGCACAACGUUCUACUUACUGGACCAGCGACGUUUGUCUUUACAGGAGAAAUCACAAUCUGA